AACGAAUGUGCUGGAGGACAAACCUAUGUGGUUUGUCACCUGCUGCUGUUGAGGGAAAUGGUGCUGAGCAGAUAAUUAGUGGGUCAAAUGAAGUUCUGGGACCGUGUUGGGCAGUCGCAACAUCUGGUGUGCUUGUUCGGGAACAACUUUUUAAUGUAUCCAUAUGUCAUUAUAACCGUUUAAAGUUGCUCAGCCAUGGGGAAUUUUCUAAAAGGUUCAGUGGAACUUCAGACAUUGCAUCCCUAGAGGUGGCUGCACCCAUUCUCAUAAUAGGCAUGGUAAGGAGACCCCUGGAGAUGUCAUCUUCAUGAUAAACCGAGGUGAUGAGGUAUGCAUGGCCCAUCAACAUGACUGACUGGUGAUAUAAAAUCAUGAUACACUGAUCAAUCUCUGAGGACUUGUCAAAUAAGGGGC